CGCAGGCGUGUUGUGCGAAGCCGAAUUUCACAUUUUGAUUUAUGAAUUUUGUUUGAUUGUUGGUUAUUUUUGUACGGACCUGUACGUUUUGAAUGAGUGCUAUUUGUCAAUUUUUUUUCUCAAUAAGUCGAAUAUUUCAUUUUGAAUUGAGAGCAGAGGAGUUGAACGGACAUGACCCCUUGCCUUCGUUUCUUAGAAAAUUGAGAAAAGCAGUGGAUAGCGACUAAAUCAUGGAUUAUCUCUUAUCCAUGACUAACUAAACUCAGUUUGAGUUCCAUCGUUAAAUUUUACACCUUUUCUGAAAGUGAUGAUACUCGUGCAAGUAACCUUUGACCUGUUCUCCCUAUGACUGAAACGUUCACCUUAACAGUGUUUCAACACCUCUGCAAACUGGUGUUAAAUAUAAAUAAACUGGUGCCAAUUGGCACCAGUUGUUCAGCAUUCAGUUAGUUUUCCCUAAAUCCCAUAUAUCUCUGAGUUCCUUUCUGGUAUUUCUUGACCUCUCACCGGUGAAAUGUGAAUAGCACAGACUAUGUGAAUUUGAUUGAUUGGAAACGUCAUUUACUGUGAUUUCCAGAAGGCCUUUGAUUCCGUGCCACACCACAGACUGGUAUUAUUAUAGCAGGGCCCUGUUUCACCGGUGAUAGCAGCACGCUGCUUUUACACGUGUCAAAUUGGGUUUCCAUGGAAACAUCAACAGGCCCAUUGCUCCAACACUACCACAAGUGUGACGUCAGCUCGCGCAAUUUGAUAGCAGCGUGGUAGCAGCGUCCCUUGAAACACCGCCCAGGUGUCUCACAGCCCAGGCUGCCACCCGUUUAUGAAAAGUCUCUGAAAACCCACCCAGCAACCAUCCCCGACAUACAAACACACAUCAACAUGUCAUUGACCUUGACCGAACAUGGCCUGAAAUGACCACAGCCACAAAUGGCAUCAUCAGUAUAUGAUGGGCACAGCACAUGGUAUUCUGAUGGUGGCCCCAAACAGCAACAUUUUUAGUUUGACCUGACCUGGAAAGUCAAUGAUUGACCUAAUGAGGUAAAAUUGGGUACCAUUGGAUAGGUCUCUUCCCAAGGAACAUGUUGGUCUUUGCCGCGAAGCCCUAUCUCCAUCAGAAACGAAAUGGCGCGGGGGGCGGCACCCCCCCCCCCCCCGAUGUGCGUUCUAGGAUGAGAAAAUGACAUGUGCGGGCGAGGGUUAAUGCUGGUUGGAUAUUUAGAUGAGUUCAACUUUAACACUGCUGCGAACACAGAGUUUGGUUCUCAAUAUGUUGUAGAGAUCAGAACCUGAUCAGCAACUUCCGCUGACUUUUGCCUUUGAAGCUCAGCUCACUAUUACUAAACCUCACUUCUGAUGCAAAAAUAAAACGUAAUACCCACACAAAUAGACUAGGCCCCAAACACCAUGCAUAAUGGCUGACAGUUGUUUGGUGCUGUCCACAGUUUGCCCGUCUACUGGUCACCACACACGGCUGCCAUGCACAACCACGAGAUGACGCCGACGGCGUACCGGGUGCUCACCAUGGUGGGUCACUGCUUCAACGGCAUCGGCUCAGUGUGGCUGGCCAGGCACGCCGCCUCCGGUAACCUGGUGGCCGUCAAAAAGUACGAUGUCGACAAGUGCAGCUUUGAGGUCCUGUCCAUCUUGCAGCACGAGAGUCAGGCGAUGCGCCAGCUGCGGCACGCCCGACUGAUGCCCUGCCUCAGCUCCUUCGUCAGCGGCACCGAGCUGUGGAUGGUGGAGCCCCUGUGCGGCUACGGCUCCACCAAGGACCUGCUGGCCGCCCACUUCACCGAGGGACUGCCCGAGCGCGCCAUCGCGCUCAUACUGCGCGACGUGGUGCGCGCGCUCGACUAUCUCCACUCGCAGGGAUACGUGCACCGGAGUGUGCGGGCGUCGCACAUCCUGAUCGGCGCCAACGGGGACACGUACCUGGCCGGUCUGCGCUCCAGCUACUGCUCCUACCGGGACGGCCGGCGGCUGGCGCGCAUCCACCAGUUCCCCGAGCUGGCCGCCGACGGCCUCAACUGGCUCAGCCCAGAGAUACUGGCUCAGGACCUGCGCGGCUACACGGCCUCCUCCGACGUCUACAGCCUGGGUAUCACCGCCUGCGAGCUGGCUAACGGCCUGGAGCCGUUCGCCCAGAUGCCGCCGGCCGCCAUGCUGCACGAAAAGCUGGCCGGCGAGGGUGAGCCCGUGCUGCUCGAUGCCACCACCAUCGACGCCGGGUACGCUGAGCGCGUCCAGGAGCAGAACGACACAGACGACCCGGCCGUGCACGAGGACGACACCUCUCUGCGGCUGAUGCGCGCCGCGCCCGGGCGCCGGUUCUCGGACGCGUUCCACCAGUUCGUGCGACUGUGCGUGGACCGGGAGCCGUCGCGGCGGCCGACGCCGGCCCAGCUGCUGACGCACCCGUUCCUGGUGCGUCAGUGCCGGCGCGCUCCGCCGCUCAGCCACCUGCUGCGGCCGGACGUGCCGGUCAGCGAGGCCACGCUGCUGGAAGGCGAGCAAAUCGUGCGUGACCGACUGGUCACCGACAUGGCCGGACUCCAGCUGAAUCAGGAGAACACCUGGGACUUUUGAGGGGCGCGCGGUGGAGAUACCGGGGGACUCGCUGUCUGAAGGUGCGUCCGAGUGCAAUGGUGGCCACUGUGGACAAAUGGCCUGCCGCUGUUGACCUGAUACACAGUGCGGUGCGCUCAGUGCGUACUGCGUACUGUACAGUGACGCGGUAGUGCCAUCAGUGCGUGGUGCAGACGCAGUGACACGUGCAGACGCAGUGACGCGUGCAGACGCAGUGACGCGUGCAGACGCAGUGACGCGUUAGAUGCCGCCACUCUCCCAUCAGUGCCAGGCGGACUUCCGACGGCCGGAGCCGUGCUGUGUCUGUGGACGCUGCCCACGGACGCUCUCAGAACCCAGUGAGGAGAUACCAGCGGGGAUGUGCCAUAUCGACAGACUGGUAGUGCGGCUUACGGGCGUCGUAUAUUGAGCUUUUGUGUCGUAGCAGCACCAGAUAUACAGAGCUGUUGAGUGCAGCCGAGCCAUCUAUUGAAAUUGUGCAUAAGGUUAAAAUAUGGUACCAAAUUAUAAGGAAAUAAUUGCAUGAGAUGUGAAGCAUCGUUUUAUCUAGCGAGUUACAUCUGGUAUUAAUGUUGAUGCUGCUUUAAUCACAUACAGAUCUUGAGAUCACGGUCUUACGGACAAGGGACAAAUAAUGUGUAACAAUCGUCUCGUACUAUUGCAUGCCCCGCUUCGGCAGCCAAUGCUAGUGUUAAACUAGUGUUUGUGUUUGUGUUGUGCUUAAAUAUCUGAUUUGCGUCAAACGUG